ACAAAGAGCUCACUUCCUGAUUCUGUACUUGAGGGGAAACAAAUAGAGGGGGUGACGAACUAGCCAGCACUAAAGAAGACAGCUGAUGUUACAACCAAUAAUGAAAACGUCUGCAGCACCUGGGGGAACUCACACUUUCAAACAUUUGAUGGAUAUUAUUUUCAAAGUAAUGGAAAUUGUACAUACCUGUUUGUGAAACAAUGUCAUGUACAGAAUGAAGACUUUAAAGUAUUUGUCCGAAGGAAUAUGGAAGGGGAUAAACUUCAAAUAGACUAUAUUUUCAUAAAGCUGUUUUACCUGGUUAUUGAAGCUCGUACACAUGGUAUAUACGUCAAUAAUAUAAAAGUUGAUAUUCCAUAUAAAAACUUCAAUUUGAAUAUUGAAAAUAAAGGCUUCGACUUACUUUUUGAAAAGAAUGGAAUAAUUCUAGUGUGGAAUCAAAAAGACAGUCUACAGAUAAUGUUACCAGAUAAAUAUAAAAAUCAGACAUGUGGACUGUGUGGUGACUUUAAUGGCUUUCCGUAUUACAGUGAGGGUUUCCAAAAUGGGAAUGAAGAAAGCCUAGAUAUAUUUAUUUCUAAUAACUUAGCAGACAUUCCUGCAGAAGUCUGUGAGUACAGCAGUAGAACUGCUACACCUGAAUGCAACACUACUAAUGACAUGUGUAAAGCCAUUUUGCAAAGUCCGGAAUUCUCCGAUUGCGCUUUACAUUUUGAUAUAAAGCCCUAUCUUGACAUCUGUGACAAGGACCGCUGUUAUUGUAGCGCAAGUGAACUUCACUAUAGAUUCUGCUUUUGUGCCACCUUGACUGAAGUUUCUAAACAGUGUGCAUUAGCCAAAGGAAAACCAGACAAUUGGAGGAAACCAGAAAUAUGUGCAAUUGCAUGCCCUCCAUCCAUGGAAUAUAGAGAAUGUGGACCGGCUUGUGAGAAAACUUGCAGCAAUCAAGAUGUGGGAGCUUGUACAAAGAAUUGUGUAACUGGUUGCUUCUGUCCAGAGGGCACAGUGUAUGAUGAUGUUAGAGGAAAAGGAUGUAUCGAGCCAUCUAAGUGCUACUGCAAGUACUCAGGAAACGCCUACAGUACAGGAGCUUCAAUAGUUCUUCCAUGCGAAAGCUGUACCUGCUCGAGUGGCCAAUGGAAUUGUAAACGACUGCCUUGUCCUGGUUCUUGCUCAGUUGAGGGUGGUGCCCACAUCACAACUUUUGAUCAGAGACAAUACAGCUUUCAUGGGGAAUGUACUUAUAUCUUAGCCCAGCUAUGUACAAUGCCAUUAUUCAACAUCCAUGUAGACAUUAAGUCAUGCAGCCACAAUGAAUUUGAGACUUGCCUAGCAAAAGUAAUGCUGAUCGUUCGGGACUUUGAUAUAAAUCUGGAAAUUAAGAACAAUGGAGAAGUAAUAAUAAACUCUGCUGAAGUGAAUUUACCUUAUGAACAGGGUAACUUGACUAUUUUCAAGCCGACGUCAUUCUACAUCAUUGUGCAAACAAACAUUGGUCUCAGGCUGGAUAUUCAGCUCAUACCUAUAAUGCAAGUUUACAUCUAUGUAAACAAUGCUUACGCUGGUCAAACCUGUGGUCUGUGUGGAAAUUUUAAUGAUAAACAGUCUGAUGACUACAUUACACCAAAUGGAUUGUCAGUACAAGAUUUGGGCAUUUUUGCAAAUUCCUGGAAGAGUGAUCAAACCUGUACAAAAGGCACUGCAAACAUCAUCGAUCCCUGUUCCAUUAACAUUCAAAAAGAAUCAUAUGCAGAAUUAUGGUGUUCCAAGUUGACUUCAAGAAAUUCGUAUUUCGCAGCCUGCCAUUCUGUAGUUAAUCCAACAUACUACUAUGAGAAAUGCUUGUAUGACACGUGUUUGUGCAGGAAGUCAGAGGAUUGUUUAUGUGCAGUAUUUUCAAGCUAUGUCCGAGCUUGUACUGAGCAUGGAAUCAUCAUUAAUAAUUGGAGACAAAACAUAUGUGACAAAUAUAUCUCUGAGUGCUCAGAUUUCAUGAUUUACAGUGAAAAUGUCAAGGUGCCCCAGCCCACUUGCAAGUCUUUAAGUAUGAGAGAAGAAAAUAUUUACCAAGAUUUCACUCCCAUCGACGGCUGUAUCUGUAAACCGGGGUUGUACAUGACAGAGCUUGGUGAAUGUACCAUUAAAAGCAAAUGUCCGUGUUACCACUUUGGGAAAUAUUAUGACCCGGGAGAAGAAAUGCACAGAAAUGGCAUAAAGUGUAUUUGCAAAGACGGAGUUCUACAUUGUGAUUACAGAGACUUGCAACUAACAAAUUGCACAUCUCCCAUGUUUUUCUUUAACUGUUCAUUGGCACCUGAUGGCUCCACUGGAGUUGAAUGCUUAAAGAGCUGUCAAAGCUCAAAUAUAGAUUGUUACAGUCGUGAGUGUGUCUCAGGUUGUAUUUGCCCUGGUGAUCUGCUCGCAGAUGGCAAAGGAGGAUGCGUCCCCAGAGACAAAUGCACCUGUGUUUACAAUGACAAAAUAUUUGAUCACUUAAAGACAACUAAGAUUGGCUGUGCAAUGUGUACCUGUCAUAACCGGAGAUGGGUCUGCGAGGAAACUAAAACUAUGGCACAGUGUAAUGUGUACGGGGAAGGAAAUUACAUAACAUUUGACAACAAACCAUACCGUUACGGAGGGCAGUGUGAAUAUACCCUUGCUCAGGAUUUCUGUGGAGCAAAUGUACAGAAUGGAACAUUUCGAAUAAUUUCGGAAAACGUCCAGUGUGGUACUCAGUCAUCCUGCGCCAAAACCAUCAAAGUGCUUUUGCAAGACUACAUCCUCCUUCUAACAGAUGGUGAUAUGGUACUCAUUAAUGAGGGAGAUGUGGUAGAAUCCCCUUUCCAGGUCCGAAACACUAGUCUUUAUUUGGUCAUUACAGCAAGGAACGGCUUGGUCCUGAUUUGGGAUAAAAAGACAAGUAUUACUAUCAAGAUCCCAGGACAUUUCCAAAAUAAUGUGUGUGGGCUCUGUGGAAAUUAUGAUGGCAAUUCAGUCAAUGACUUCAGUACCAGAGGACAUUUCAUAGUAGAAGAUGUUAUUGAAUUUGGUAACAGCUGGAAACUGUCAUCAACAUGUCCAGAAGUUGAAAGCCUGACAGAACCUUGUGAAAUUAACCCACAAAGAAAAUCCUGGGCACAAAGGGAAUGCAGUAUCAUCCUCAGUGACUUAUUCAAAUCAUGCCAUUCUGAGGUUGACCCUGAAAGCUAUUAUGAUGCAUGCGUCAAAGAUUCCUGUGCCUGUGAUGAAGGUGGAGACUGUGAUUGCUACUGCACUGCGGUAGCAGUGUAUGCUCAGGCAUGCCUCUCUCAUUGCGUUUGUAUUGAGUGGAGAACUUCAAAGCGUUGUCCUGUGUUCUGCGACUACUAUAAUAAAAAAGGGCACUGUGAAUGGCAUUAUAAAUCUUGUGGAGUAAAAUGCAUGAAAACCUGCAGAAACCCAACUGGAAAAUGUUUACUUGAACUUUCCAAAGUGGAAGGUUGCUAUCCUUCCUGCCCAAGUGACAAGCCCUAUUUAGAGGAAGUUACCAUGAAGUGUGUAGCUGAAUGUGGUUGCUAUGAUCAAAUGGGAAAAUACUAUAGCCCAGGAGACCUAAUUCUAUCCUGUAACAAUUGUGAAAUUUGUGAAUGCACAACUAGCGGAAUUAAAUGCUGGUAUGAUGUAAAUGAAUGUUACUGCGAAUACAAUGGCAGAAUAUAUGGAUACAAUGAAACAGUCUACACAAGAUAUGCUGGCUAUGGACAGUGCUUACGUGCAGUAUGUGGCCGCAAUGGUACAGUUAUCAUAACGUAUUACACUUGUCAAUCUGAGACAACCACUACAACUGAAAGUAUAACAACAAAAUUAACUUCUACAACCAGCACAAUUACCUCUACUGAACCUACUACUACUACUACUACUACUACUACUACUACUACUGCUGCUACUACUACUAUGUGUGUAUGCUACUUUAGAGGACACCAAUACAAACCAGAUACUUUAAUAUAUAGAACCGAAAAUGACUACAGAGGCUGUACAUCUGUAACUUAUUGCACUAAGUCAUGUCAAGUUGAAACUCUUGGAUUACCAUGUACAUCACCUUUAACCAGCACUACAGAACUUAGUUCUACAACAUCAGUCAGUACUGUAACUGCUACAUCUUCAAACCCAUCCACCAGUACCAGAACUACUACUCUUACUACUAGUAGUACCACUGGUACUGCAACUACUACAUUUACAACACCAGCCACAACUACUGAACCUACUACUACUAGUACACCAACAACUACCACUAGUACUGAAACUAGUACAUCUACAACACCAUCCACAACUACUGAAACUACUACUACACCAACAACUACCACUAGUACAGAAACUACUACAUUUAUAACACCAUCCACAACUACCAGAACUACUACUACACCAACAACUACUGCUAGUACUGCUACUGUUACAUUUACACCAUCCACAACUACUGAAACUACUGCUACACCAACAACUACCACUAGUACUGCAACUACUACAUUUACAACACCAUCCACAACUACUGAAACUACUACUACACCAACAACUACCACUAGUACUGUAACUACUACAUUUACAACACCAGCCACAACUACUGAACCUACUACUACACCAACAUCUACCACUAGUACUGCAACUACUACAUUUACAACACCAUCCACAACUACUGAACCUACUACUACUAGUACACCAACAACUACCACUAGUACUGAAACUAGUACAUCUAUAACACCGUCCACAACUACCAUAACUACUACUACACCAACAACUACCACUGGCACUGCAACUACUACAUUUACAACACCAUCCACAACUACCAGAACUACUACUACACCAACAACUACCACUAGUACUGCAACUACUACAUUUACAACACCAUCCACAACUACCAGAACUACUACUACACCAACAACUACCACUAGUACUGCAACUACUACAUUUACAACACCAUCCACAACUACUGAAACUACUACUACUAGUACACCAAGAACUGUCACUAGUACUGAAACUAGUACAUCUACAACACCAUCCACAACUACCAGAACUACUACUACACCAACUACUACUAGUACUGCAACUACUACAUUUACAACACCAUCCACAACUACUGAAACUACUACACCAACAACUACCACUAGUACUGCAUCUACUACAUUUACAACACCAUCCACAAUUACCAGAAGUACUACUACACAAAUAUCUACCACUAAUACUACAACUUCAUCAUUUACAACAUCAUCCACAACUACCAGGCCUACUACUACAACCACACCAACAGCUACCAGUAGUACUGCAACUACUACAUCUACAACACCAUCUACAACUACUAAAACUACUACUAACACAACUAAAGGAAAGACUUCUUUCUCAACAAGAAGUAAAUCAACUUUACAUAAUUCAACAGUUUCCAUCACCCCAACAAAAAUAAAAAAUGAAAAUGUAACAUCCAGAGCAUUUACUACACCGCCAUGUAAACCAACAGUUUGUCAUGCAAAUGAAACGAUAAAUAUUACCAUUUUUGACUGUUUACCUAGAAGAAAUCUCAGUUGUAACUCAUCAGUGCCAGUAUAUGACAAGAACCAAUGCUGCUUUCUGUAUGUCUGCCCAUCUUGUUUGGCAAGUAGUGGACGACAAUAUAAGGUCGGUGACAAAUGGACAGAAAAUUGCGAGACAUGCAUUUGCCAAAAUGAUGCCACUAUAAGUUGUUCUCCAGUGACUUGUCCAAAAUUAAAUAUAGCACAGUGUACUCUGCCAGGAUAUCAACCUUCAACUAUCAUUGAGCUAUCUAAUCCUUGCUGUCCUGUAUCCAAAUGCUUUUGCAAUCCACAAUCAUGCAAGCCACCAACUACGUGUGGCGAUGGUUUAAGACCAGUGUACUCCAUUGUUGGUUGCUGUCUCAGUGUUACCUGUGUUCCAAAUCAAGUGUGCGUGUAUAAUAACAUAGACUAUUUGCCUGGCUCCAUAUUACCUUCACCUCCUGGCAGCUGCGAGGAAUGUACAUGCACAUCUACAUAUGACAACACAACUAUGCAGAAUGUACCUGAGUGUAAUCCAGUUUUCUGCGAAGUAACAUGUUUCGAGGAUGAGGAAUUUGAGCAAUUUCCAGGACUGUGCUGUGGAAUCUGCGUUAAAAAAGCAUGCUACAUUACACUGCCGAAUGGACAGAUUCAGGUUUUAUUGAAUGGAAACACUUGGUCUGUGCCUGGUGACAACUGUACAGUCUAUAGUUGUAGUAGGCAAGAAAGUGGAACCUUUCUCACUACAGUCACAACGGAGACCUGUGAAUAUAACAGUACUGAUGAUUGUGGUCCUAAUCAGGAAUAUGAGAUAUCACCAUACAUUUGCUGUGGGCAGUGUGUCCAGGUUCGUUGUGUGCUCAUGACUGGUACAACAGUUGAAAGCUUUUUACAGGAAAAUGAAACCAUCACCUUUCCUGAUGACAAGUGUAGAUCCUAUACCUGUGUGAGGUUUGGAAAUCAGUUGAUUACUGAAAUGACAACACAGACAUGUGAAUAUCAGAGUUCAAAUGAUUGUGGAUAUGGUCAGGAAUAUAUCCCAUCUACUGUCCAGUGCUGUGGAUAUUGCAACCAAACAUAUUGUGUAUAUGUAAAUGCAAGUGGUGACAAGAAACUCCUGAAGGAAGGUGACAUCUACAUAAGUGAUGAUAAGUGUACAUCCUACACUUGUAAAAACAUAAACAAUGAACUUAUCAUAGCUGAAAAGCAACAGACCUGCCUAUAUGAGAGCAAACUGGAUUGUAAAUUCGGCCAGGAAUAUCUGCCGCCUACUGACCAAUGCUGUGGAUCUUGCAACAAAACAUAUUGUGUAUUUGUAACUCCAAGUGGUGACAAGAAACUCCUGAGGGUCGGAGAAACCUACAAAAGUGAUGAUAAUUGUACACUCUACACUUGCAACAAUGUAGAUGAUGAAUUUAACAUAAUUGAAGAACGACAGACCUGCCUAUUUGAGAGUCAAGAGGAUUGUAAAUUUGGUCAAAUAUUUAAAGUUAUUCCCGGUCAAUGUUGUGGAAACUGUGUAACAAAUUCAUGUGUGUAUACUGAUUCCAAGGGAGUGGUUCAUGCUUUAAAGGUCGACCAAGCCGAAACUGAUGCCACAGACAUUUGCUUAUCCUAUUCCUGUAAAGAGAUAAAUGGACAAUUGUCUACCAUUAUUAGGAACGAGACAUGUGAAUACAAAAGUGCUAAUCACUGUGCCCAGAAUGAAAAGUAUAUUGUUUCACCUGGUCGCUGUUGUGGACAUUGUGUACAGACAUCAUGCUUAAUUACAUUACCUAAUGGAGUAAAUAAAACUUUGAAGGUCGGGGAAGUGGUGUAUCCAGAUAAAGAUACAUGUAUAAGUUAUGGUUGUACCCAAAUAAAUGGAAAGUUUUUUACUGUUACAAAAAACAGAACCUGUGAACACAUAAAACCAGAGGACUGUGAAUCUGGAAUUAUUGAAAUGGAUGCAAGUGGCUGUUGUAAGAUAUGCAAGGCUCCCAAGAAUUGCAACCGUGCAUUCAAAACUGUUGUCCUUAAGGAAGCUGGAUGUACACUUACUGAAACUGUUCCAUAUUGUACUGGAUAUUGCAAGUGUGACACAAUGGUCGCUCCAUUACCAGCACGCUAUAUACUGAAUACAGAAUGUAUGUGCUGUGAACCGGUGAAAGUACAUAAGAAAACAGUGAUUCUUCAUUGUAAAAAUGGAAAACUUCUUCCGUAUGUAUAUGAAUACAUUGAUGGCUGUGGCUGUCUCCACCAGCAAUGUACUUAAUUCUGUCUCUGUAUAAAUCACCAAAUUCGUCAAUUAAUAAUCCUACUGUCUGUAUGUUUCUGAAGCUGUAUGGUUAAUGUACUGUAUUUGUAAUAUCAACACCACGCGAACCUGAAAUUGUCAAAAAUACCCCGUCUGCUGAUUGUGUUUAAUAAAAGAAAUGUUCCUCCCUCUCCCUCUCUACCUCCUUCUGUCCUUUCUUCUCUCCCUUUUCCCUCUCUCUCAGCCAUUUCUAUCAAAAUUUAAAUACAAUUCAUAAAGUUUGCUAUAAAUUAGAUUUAGGCCUGGGCCCUAAUGUAUGGGUCAGUCAGUGCCUGAGAUAAAUAUUUGUUUUCUGCUUCUCCCUAAACAUUGUUAAAUAAUGAUAUAUCGGAAACAUCGACUACAGAUGUAGCCAUGCUUAUCUUGCCCGUGGCACGGCAGAAUGGGCACACGUGUUGUGCCGAGCCAUGGGUGCACCUUAGUACGCCAAGGUAUGCCACCUAUUCAUUCCUGUGACCAUGCGCGUGCAUCGUAGUCACAACCAUACUAGUUGUGCCUGCUUUGCUGCGGAUAAGACACUUGCUUGCAAAGCUGAGCUUGGCUAUAUCUGUAUUUUUGCUGAGACUAUUUUGUGCAAAAGCAUACAGUAAAUAAUAGUACAGUACUAUUUUAUGAAGACCCUUCCAAAUAUGCUUACAUAGGUUAGUACAGGUUGAGUAUCCCAUAUCCAAAUAUUCCGAAAUACGGAAUAUUCCGAAAUACGGACUUUUUUGGUCCCAAGCGUUUUGGAUAAGGGAUACUCAACCUGUAUCUCAUAUCAACAUUAACUGUUAGGCCCCAAUAUGAUAUCUUGAAUCUAACAUAUACUAAAAAUAUGGCACAUUAGUUUCUAGCAGACAAAGAAAUGAUUUACAUGUCAGUUAGGUUCAGUAGAUGCUUUAUACUGCAAAAGAGAUUUACUUGAUGUGCUUGUAUUUGAUAGUACUAGUACUAAUAUUAUCAAUAUGAAUGGAAAGUUAUCUUGGAAAAAUAUCCAAAUAUCCAAAAAUUGUAAACAGAAACAGAAAUAAAAGGAUGAAGUAAGAGCAAACUCUGUCUUAAUUAUCUUGAUAUUAUUUUCAAUAGAAGUACUUAGUAAAUCAGUUGCUAUAUUAAGCUUGAAAAUACUUUAUACAGUAUAUAUAUAUAUAUAUAUAUAUAUAUAUAUAUAUAAAAAUAGCACAAAUCAGUUAACUAAAUUGCUUGUGCGAUACAUUCAUGGUUCAGUUGACUUGUAAUAUUUGCAAUAAAUGCCGUAUGUAUUCAUUCCAAUGUUGCUUUUAAACUGCUUAAU